AUGAAAAGCAUACAGAAAAACUAUGGAUUUGCAAAUGAGCCCUCUUCACAAUUCCCAGAUGAUCAUCAACCUUAUGCUAAUCCCCACCAACAAACAGGAUUGCAAUACCAAUCACAAGGAAAACCAAUAAUUCACUCCCAGCUUCAAUAUUCCAUGCCUGAUAACUUAACCAGCACAAUCACAAGCAGGAUUGGUUAUGCAGCUGAACACUGUUUGGGCUUAUCCCAGUCUGAUUAUUUCCAAGAAAACAGCUUCACAACCUCUUACAGAUCGAGAAAUAGCCCUUUUGGAGAUUUUCAGGCCAGCAGCCAGCUUAUCAGCCAUGAAGGAAUAUUGUAUGAAAGUAAACAGUUCAGUAAUCUUUCUGAGAGUCAAAAACUAUUACACUUGAAACAAAAGCUAUUAGGCGAUCUUGACGAUUCGAAUGCUGAAAAUCACAAUCUUCAAAAUAAGACUAGCACGAAUAACUCAGCUGAGAUCGACAUCAAAGCAGGAAUGCAACUAAAGGAGGCACUGCAGUUGCAGCUAGACGUGCAAAGGCGUCUACACGAGCAAUUAGAGAUUCAGAAGAAUUUACAGAUGAGGAUUGAAGAACAAGGCAAGCAGCUGAAAAUGAUGUUCGAUCAGCAACAAAAAAUAAAUCAAGAAGAUCGUAUGGAAACAGACAAUACAAAAAACAAAUGUCCUAAUAACAACUCGUUCCAUAUGCCCGAAGAUCAUGAGAUUUUCAUUCUAGAAGGUUCUGAUGAUGAUAUGGACUUCCAGUCGAUGAUAAGCUAGACAACAUGCGAAUAAAAGCGCUUAAUUUUCUCCAAACACGACAACGGCAGGACACUAUUCGUCAAGUCAAUGAACUAAUUAUUUGUAAUCAAAGAAUGCUUUUUCUAUUAUACUAUUGAAUAUGAAUGUGGAAACUCAACAUUUGUGACAAAAAUGUAGUUCUGAAGUCUACAGGCUUUUCAGAUGUGGAUAUGUGUCUGUAUAUAGCCCCUUGUUUGUGAAAAUGCUUUAGAAAAUCCUAAGUUAUACAGAUACUUCUUUUUCAGAAACAUUUUUU